AUGCGCUGCGAGACUCUGUACAACGAAACCGCUGACAGCACGAUCAACUGCACCCGCACAACUGAAUACUGCAAUCUCAUAAAGCAGGCCCCCUUCACUGUUUGCCACAACCACUCUGACCCCGAGCCCUUCGUAACCGCCUGCACAAACACUCUGUGCCAAUAUCCAGCAGUGGAUGGCCUCAACAAGUGCCAGUUUUUGGAGGCUUACGCCGAGUCCUGCCGCCUGAAAGUGU